AUGGCGUCGCCCACCCUCAGACGUCCCAUAAUCGAGCACCUUGGUGAGGCUCAGAAAAUCACCGGGUGCGCUUCGCCGAGGAUAUCAUGGCGUUUCGUCUACGAUGCGAACACCGUUUCAUCACGGACGCAGACGGCCUACGAGAUUGAGGUCACCGGCAAAUUCGAAGCCGAUGUAUUCGCGGUAUAG